UUGGGCAUUGGAAUUGAUUUCCAUAUCAUGGCUGGAAGGGUUGCUCCUUUUUGCCUCGGAGGUUCAAGCUUUAAUUAUCUUCUACCACAUCAAUAUAUGCAAAGGGUUGUUCGGCUGGCUAAACCAGCUGUACCACAUGCCUCCUCAGCCUCACUCUCUAAACUUGAUCAAGGAAAAUCUAUUAUUGCUUGUGAUGAUUUUCCUCACAAAGAAAUUGCCUUUAAUUCUCAUCAUCCUCCGUUUGUUCCAGCUCCUAUUAUUGAUAUCAGUCUACUAUCAUCCAUGUGUUCCAAGGAAGAAGAAGCUGAACAUGAAAAACUGAAAUUGGCUCUUACUUCAUGGGGUUGCUUUCAGGCUAUAGAGCAUGGAAUAUCAAGUUCGAUUCUUGACAAAGUACACGAAAUUGGCAAACAAUUCUUUGCACUUCCAACAGAAGAGAAACAAAAGUAUGGUCGAGAAGCAAAUGAUAUUGAAGGCUAUGGCAAUGACCCAAAUGUUUCUCGCAAAAUCAUAUUUGAUCAAUCUGAACGCAUUCUACUUAAAGCAGCCCCAGAAGCCGAACGAAGGCUUGAACGUUGGCCUGGCAACCCUAGUGAUUUUAGAGAAGUAGUGAAGGAAUACUCGGCCAUAAUGAAGAGCAAAUCAAGAUUUCUGCUUAAAGCCAUGGCAAGGUCAUUGAACUUGGAAGAUGACUGCUUCUUGAAGCAAUAUAAAGAUGAAGAACUGAUUGGAGUGAGGUUUAAUUACUAUCCUGCAGCAACUUCAGGAUCGUCAGAUAGAUCAGGCUGUAAACCUCAUUCGGAUGGAUCAGGAAUUACAAUUCUUUUACAAGAUAAACUAGUGGAAGGCCUUCAAAUUCUCAAAGAUGGUCAAUGGUACAUAGUUCCUACAAUUCCUGAUGCCUUACUUGUCAAUGUUGGCGAUCAGAUGCAGAUAAUUAGUAAUGGAAUCUUCAAGAGCCCAAUGCACAGAGUAAUAGUGGAAUCAAAGAAGGAAAGGGUAUCAGUUGCAGUAUUCCACUUACCCAAAUAUGAGGUAGAAAUUGGACCAGUUCAAUGUCUGAUAGAUGAAAAUAGACCACAACAGUACAGGAACCUAAAAAAUUAUCGUGGAUUCUACUAUGACAGCCUUUUCCAAGGAAAGUCACCACUGGAGAUGGUAAAAGCGAAUGCAUCCCUGGUAUAAUAUCAAGAUGAUUUACCUAUCAUAUGUGGCAGAACGAAAUGAAGUUUACAGAGUUUCCCUCGCUGGCAAUAUCUUUACUUCUACUUAUGUUUUGGAUUGGGGCCUAAAUAGUGCUUGUCUAUGUGCAUAAUUAACUUGUAAUUAGUGAAUGGGUUUUGGUUGUAUUAAAACCAUUACAUCUGGAGAAGAAAACUAUAUGUAUUUUUAUAAUUAACUAUUUUUUAAUAUUUGAUAUGUAUUUUUAUCUCUUA